AUGGCUAGGAAAACCUUGUCAACAGAGUUGGUGGACUUUUCCAAGCCCUGGGACCCAUUUGUUGACGUUACUUUGCUGGUGGAAGGAAGAAGAUUCCAUGCUCACCGAAGUAUCCUUGGGCUGUGGUCUCCAGUGUUUUCAAGAAUGUUCACUGCAGACUUCAGAGAGAAAACCGCUCAGCAAAUUCCCUUACCAGGAAAGAAAGCGAAUGACAUAAACGAGCUUCUUCUGGUAAUUUAUCCAACAUCUGCAAAACCGAUAGAUGAUCGCAACUUUGAAUUGCUACUUGACCUUGCAAAGGAAUACAUGAUGACGAAGCUCACCGAGAAGUGUGAAGCCUAUCUGAUGGAUUGGCUUGAUAGUUCACACCAGCAUGGUCUGUGCUUAAACUUCCUUGAAAUCGCCCAAAACUAUACAUUAAAGAAGCUUGAAAUGGCAUGCGUCCACAAGGCUCAGAAUAUUAGCUUCAGUGAGCUGAGAAAACAUGAGGCGUAUGGUAAGAUCAAUCUCUCCAACUAUCGUAAGAUAAUGGAGGCUCGUUUAGAA